AUGUUUGUUUUGUUGGUUGGAAUAUUGGUUUUACUAUUUUUUGCUCUUGUUUGGAGCUACCAUACCAGACACACCACUGUAUCAACCAUUAAACGCAAACAUGUCAAACUUUGUGCAGUUCUUGGUUCAGGUGGUCAUACAGCUGAAAUGAUCGCUUUACUGGAGAAGUUAGAUGAAAACUAUACUCCUCGUUAUUAUGUUAUCGCCAAAUCGGAUUCUAUGAGUAUAGAAAAAGUAAAGUCGUUGGAGGAAACUAAAGAUGGCAACUACAAAUUAUGUUUUUUGAGCAGGAGUCGUGAAGUGUUACAGAGUUACUUUACAUCAAUCUUCACAACUCUAAAGGCUUUCGCAGAAUCGCUUUGGUUUGUUGCCUUCAAUGACUUUGACCUUCUCCUCUGCAAUGGGCCAGGUACGUGCAUUCCAGUAUGCAUAGCUGCUGCUUUAUUUGAUUUUUUACGGGUAAAAAAUAUUAGAAUAAUUUAUUUUGAAAGUAUCUGUCGAGUGAAAAAACUAUCCUUAUCCGGUAUGAUACUAUAUCACUUGAGAAUAGCUGACUUAAUUGCUGUACAUUGGUUAGAUUUAGUGGAGAAGUAUCCAAGGACAAAAUUAAUUAAUAGUUUAAGCAGUAAUUCUUAA